GGCCCAUCUGCCCACCAAAGAACACAUUCAUGGCCAUUCCCCAAUAGUCGGUAAAUACAUCAAACAUGAAGACACAUUGGAGUCACAAAGAAUCGCUUGCAACGUAGUAUUUCCGCAUAAAGUGAAGAGGACGAACGAUAGAAAAAGGAGACAGGGAAGACGUAAGCGUAGAACUGAAUGACAAAUGAUCACAGCGAACGGAGAUCAUCGAAUGAUAGCAGAUGAUAGCGCUGGUUCGAUACCACUGAGAGACAUUCAAAUGUUAUACAUAAUGCUUCAUCAUCACACCUAUAUUCCCGGUUAAUGUGACUGUUGUAUUAGAGUAAAUUAAUAGUGCUCAUGGGUUAUUAGUAUUUGAUUAUUGAAUGGGGUACGUUAGAGUGUGCGGAGUGAAGCAAAUAUUCACCCAGUGUCUAGGUAUUUAAUUCAAUUGGAUAGUCUAUUGGUGAUUGUUGCAGUAUUAUAACGAUUCUAAAUUUAUAAAAAUAGCGUUGAUACAGUGUUGAAUUACAUUUGAGAUAAAUUUUGUGGUGCGGUUUGCAACGUUCGUGGAACGUAACUUCCAAGUAGCUUAGAUUCGUGGUUUAUAAUUGUAAAAGUGGUGCUACUGUACAUUUCACAAUGGCGUUUGCGGCUGCACGGAUGAUCCUCAAGGACAAACGGCGAAAGGCGAGUAAGGAGGAUUUUACACCGAGAAACAGAAGCAAGGCUCGCAGCGCCAGUACAAGUAGCUUUAGAAGCCUGAGCCAGGCACGUAACAAACCUGCGGACGGAGUUGGUCACGUUAAUCAGAAAGGUGGUUCUGGACAAAAAGCACCGCUGACCGGUGCUCAGAAGGUUGCGCCGGGGGCCAAGGGUUCUGGAAAGCCAGCUCAAAAGCCCAGUGCGCAAAAAGGACAGGUUAAGGUCACACCGAAAGCGGCUUCCGUCAAGACUGGAAAGAACAAGAAGAAGGGACAGAGGCAGCAAUACGAUCUGAUAGUCACCAUCAAUUUGUCGGAGUAUGGACUCACGGAGGAUCAGGUUGCAGAGUUCAAGGAGGCAUUCAUGCUAUUUGACAAGGACGAGGAUGGUAUGAUCACAAUGGCUGAGCUCGGGGUUGUCAUGCGAUCACUCGGCCAGAGACCGUCAGAAACGGAACUUCGAGAUAUGGUUAACGAAGUGGAUCAAGAUGGGAAUGGGACCAUCGAGUUCAAUGAGUUUCUUCAGAUGAUGUCGAAGAAAAUGAAGGGAGCAGAUGGGGAGGAUGAACUCCGGGAAGCAUUCAGAGUCUUCGAUAAGAAUAAUGAUGGAUUGAUUUCAUCAAUGGAAUUGCGACAUGUGAUGACGAAUCUCGGUGAAAAAUUGUCGGAGGAGGAGGUUGAUGAUAUGAUUAAAGAAGCUGACCUUGAUGGAGAUGGAAUGGUCAACUACGAAGAGUUCGUGACAAUCCUGACAGCCAAGAAUUAGUUUAUACGCCAGAAACGAAACCGCAACUCCAGGAAACCACGAUAAACAACAAUGAACUCUAAUAAUGAAGCAAAAUGCAUUACUCCAGGUAUGCUUUGAGAGCAAUCGACUCAGAAGUCCCUAAACCAAAAAAGAAACUACCAUGAAUGAGUGUGUCCCUACCACGACGAGACAACCAACUCAGCAAAUCCUCGAUUUAUCAAAAAAACGUGAUUAGUUUUCGACGUACUUUUCAUCGUAAUGGAUCAUUGCCUCCUCGAGUUAGGUAUUCAUGGAAGUUAUUUACCGGUGCGAGCAGAACACGAUGUAUAACAAAAAAUAACAGAUGAGAUUACGUUGACAUCCACAAAGAACGUUCCUCAAAUAUCUGUUUAACUAAACCAUGAAAUCUACAAAAUAACACGAGUUCCAUACGAAAAUGAACAAAUUCACAAACUUUACGCUGUGCUAUGUUGUAAUAAUGUACACAUGCACUUCAGCGGUCUCAACAGAUAAACAUAAAUUAACAUGAAAACAGUUUCUACUUAUUUUUUGAAACAAAGAUAAGAAAAAAGAAGAAAUUCAUUUAUAUUCUAAGCUAGUUCACUAAAUUUAAGAACAAGGUUGCUCCAGAAACAAUCAACUGAGCUUCGGUUAGCGUGUACUUUUGUGAAAUGUAUGCUCCACAGUAAGAAAGGGGGAAAAAUAAGUUGACAUUGGAAGUCAUCGAUCAAUUUCGAACGGCAUCCAAGUUUAAGAAUCGUUGAAAAAAGUGUUUGAUAACGAUUAUUGAAUUUAAAAAAUUGAUUACCUGCUAAUUUUCAUUGGUAUACAUAUAACAAUUUAGCCAAAUUUGCUAGAGGCACUUCUCGGGAUUUGAGAUAUUCAAAUAGUGUAAUAAUAAUUUUUAUACAUGAACAAACAUAGAAGGCGAAUAUUUCGUCUCUAUAAAACGUUACAAAUUUCGCUAAUGUUAAGAGUCUGCACAAUGGCAAUUGUUUCAAUAGACUAUCUAGGGGUGACUAAAUUAGAUGAGUCAACUGAUUUAGAAACACAGGAGACAUUCUCAAAUCCUGAGAAAUGAUUUUCCGAGGAUUCAGCAUACAAACAAAUCAUUUCACACUCGGAUUACAUUCGUAUGGAGGAAAAUUUAUUAUCUUCGUCACUUCACACUCUAACAACUCUACCCGCCAUUAUAUCGCGCACGCAAUUAACCCGAUUCUGGAUGAAUUAACCACUGAAGCAGAAUAACCAAUGGCGAAAAAUAGAGGAAAAAUAAACACUGGAUACGGUAUUGAGCAUCAAGAAUUGUUCACGCAUUACGAUUUGAUAUGAGAAAAUAUGCAAGUAGAUGUGUAGGAUGAUUGAUGGUAUUAUUGUACAAUGUAUAAGACAUGGAUAUUUUUGUUGUUCCAUAUGAGAAAAUAAAUACGUUGAGGGUGCGAAAUACAGAGAAAUCAAUUAUUAAUAGAACAAAACAGACUCAACGGAUUUAAUAGGAUAUACUGUUUCGAUGAAACGUAUAAGAAAGGAUUGAUGGGAAAAAUGCCGUUGUUGUCAUCGGUAACGUCGAUUAUUUAACAGAAGAGAUAGACAAUAAUGUUACGUUCAUUCAUUCUGAUGAUUGCUUAAGAGAAAUAUAUAAUAGAUAUAUUUACUAAAUGAAAUGGUAUCAUAUUCAUAUUUUACAUUAUCAUUGUGAUGGAAUGAGACUCAAGGUCGCUGAGAGAUCCCGAGGGUAGCAAAGAGGUUAUGAAAUGUUAAAUUAUUGAAAUGCUACAUCGACGUUUCCGGUUAUCUCUUCGGGAUUUAUAUGUUAGAUAAGUGUUCAAUGAUGUUCAGUAAGCGGGUAAGAUAUUUGAAGAAUAGUAUAAGGAAAUAUUGAAACGACAUAUUGACAAAGCAAUACAAAUGAAAAAUAUAAUGUACCUCAAAAGACAUUUCUGGAAUAUAAAAAUAAUUUUAAAAAAGGGAUGUAUUUUUUUUCAAGAGUCCAAUGAGAUCAAUCAGAGAUUUUAAUGGAGUCGAAGGGGAGAUAAUCGCGAUGAGCCAACUCAAAUAGUAAUUCAUAACGUCCCAAUGACAAUAUCUGACAGAUUUAAACAAAAAAUUACAUCUAUCCGAACGGGUUUAUACCUGGACGGCCUAAGUUUAUCGUUUCCAUAAAAAAAAGAACGGUUGAGGUAAUAGAAAUAGCGGAAAUUAAUUGAUUGCUUUGAAGUUGUUUUAAGAUUAAUUGAGUUGAAAAAUUUUGAUCUGUCCAUUUUGUAUUUAUUUUGAUAAUUCGAUAUGCCUAAGUGAAUAUUUUCCUUGCUUGCAAUGUUAUUUAUUGCCCAAUUGGCCGGUGAAGAGGCCCACAAAGUGUUCACUGUUUUUUGUCAAACUUAUUGAGAAAAAAAAAGUUUAAUAUGGCUGUCAAUGUAUUUUUUGCACGAAAUUUGUAAAGAAUAACAUGAUUUUUAAUGAGAUUGUAGAAAAUAUUACUUAUCGAACACGUUGCACGAUUCAAUCUAUGAAUAUUCUAUUGAAUUGAUUUAUUAAUUGAUAUUCCGUCUACGUGUUCACGUCUUGAAUUAUUUACGAAAAUAUAAAAAUAUGGAAAGAAUUAUAAAACAUAAUUACUGUAUAUUUCUAAAUGAAAAAUCCGGCCGGCGUGACUAUCCAAUGUUUUAUGAAUCGAUGUAAUUAUUUAUAGUAAUUGACCGUUUACCUCUGUAUAAUCUGACGAUCUGAUUCGGCACUCCUUCCACCCACUCCCUCAUUACUUCAGAACUUCCAUAUAUUCGGAGAUAUGAUAUUUUCAUCACGGUCUAAUAAAAAUACAUAUUUUUAUAGCUUUCAAAAACAAUUCCACGCACGCCAAUCUGUAAUUCGUAUUUAAUGAAAAUAUAUCAUCCAUUAUUAUCUGAAACAGAGGAAUCAUUGAUAUUGUUAUAUGUAUGGCUAUGAGUCGAAAAUACAGGUCGUCCCAAACGUGAACAUGAACAAUGUCAUUUGUGAUUAGAUUAUAUAUCAUCUACCAUUUAUUGUUAUAUUAUGUACGAUUAAGGUCUUCCUUUAAUUCUUUAACGUUUUUCAAUUUUUUACAACAUUGCCACUCAAUUGCUAAUUACCCACAGCAAAAUCUUCGAUUUGAAAGAAGUUGAAGGGACGAUUCCAGUUGAAAAUAGCAAAGUGGGAAUUCGUCGAGCUUCAAAAUCUGAAACUUGAAGUUAAACUAGAGUUUUGUUAAUUCUACUUUAGAGUUUUAGAGCCGAUAACGUAUUAAAACUAGUCAUCUCGGGGGAAAAGGCAGGUCAUUCGCAAUUGAGCUAAAAUGUUGAUCUAAAGACUAAACUUCUAUCCCAACAUUGCGCGAUAUUAUAAAGUAAUGUAUAAGUUGAUUAAAUAAAUUAAUUACUCCCCGGUAGACAUACUAUACGAAAAUGCUCAUGGCUUUUUUAAAUACUCCGUCACUCAAUCAUUAUGAGAAACAAACAAGAAUUAUUAUACUUAAAAUUGAUAAAUGAGAAAGAAUAAUUUAGCUGAUAUCAAAUGCGUUCAGAAAACAAUUGCAAGAGAAAUAAUCAAAUGUCAUACAUUAUAUAUGAAAUAUAAAUAUAUACGAUAGAUAUGAAAAGUAACUGAAUUAACUUGAAAAAAAUAACAUUAGAUGGUAUCAUUACUGUUAAUAAAUGUAAUGUUAUCGCAAAAAACCUACGGAUCGUAUCUCGUGCUAAAUUGCUGAAUGUUGAAUUAUAAAAAAAGGAUGCAGAACAUUUUUGCACUGAAUUGUACACCUACAAAUUUAUCAUUUAUUAGGCUUCAAAAAGUGAGUUCGCGAAAAUGAGAUCCUGAAAGUUAUACUUAACCGAAAUAAAAUCGUGUCAAAAAUAGUGCAACAAGAUAAUGAGAAAAAUAUUACGGUUAAUCGUUAGAUGUUGAACGUUUUACUUGAACAAAAAAAUGUAGCCGUUAAUGUAGGUGACUCCAUCGAACAAGCCUACCACAGUUUCGAUUUGUUACUUGGAGUUUAAAUCGGAUAAGUGCUUGAAAUUGACAACAUUAUUCAUUUUACUGAUUUAUGUUGCGUUGUGUACUGUAUCAUGUUAUGAAGAAAAUUUACAAGCUGUUAAAAAUGAUGAGCAGGAAAAACCGAUCGAGAACGGGGAAAUAUUAUCAAGAGAUUUUCCUUUCAUUUAGUGUGUCAUUAGGUUUUACAACUAUUAUUUAAUAUUUCUAAAAUUAUGGGAAUGGCCUAAACAGCAGUAGAAGUAUACGGAUAUACCUGGUUGAGGGACAGCAAUGUUGGCGAAAUAUUAUAAUAAAAAAAUGUCUUUCAUUAAUUUAUUGAAAAUAAAACACAAAAUGAGAUCGAGUACAAGAAAGAUAAAUGAAGGCCCCAUUUGUGGUUCGUGGUAAUAUAAAAAAUGACGGUGAUAUCGUGAAUAAACAUAUGUUUAUGUAUAUGAAGAAGUAUAUGUAUAUGACAUCUAUAAUUACUGAUAAGUGCAAAGAAAGGUAAUGAGAGGAAACAAUAUCGUAAAGUUCUUGAUCAAUUUUUUUUCCAAACAAAAAAAAAUUGAAAAUGGAAACGAAUGAGAACGAUAAAAAUUCAUAAUUUCGACGAUUCAUGGAGUUAUUUUUCUAGACUAAAAAUACUUGAAUUCAUUAUUAUUAUAAUGAAGUAUGCUAAAAAGAUAUCAGGAAGCAUUUUCCUCGUAUAGUCUCAAUGUGCAAUAUAACUGUUGAUGGCUGAACUGUGAAAACGCAGCCUUGGAUAUUCGAAAGCUAUAUUUUCACUCUAGACUUUUUACAAGUGCUCAUACACUUAAUCUUCUCACUCUGCUAUAAUAACUAUUAUUGAAGAAACUGCUCGUCGAGAUUAACCUGCUGUUUUUUCUCUUGAUGAAUCCCAUGAGUUUUCAGGAAUUAUUAAUGUACAAACUGCUGAGUUUCUCCAUGAUGCACACUGAUUUCUUUGAAGCAAUUUUCGGGAACAAGAGGAAUCAUUCAUAAAUAUGUAAUAAGUUGUAAAGAUGCUCUCUCAGUGUAAUGUGCAAUGCAAUGUAUUGUAGUAAGCAGUGAAGUGGGUGGAUACUUCGAAAUCAGAAUUUUCGAAGAAGGAAAACAAUCUUGUAACAAAGAAGCGAACAAAGUUUCCAAAUUGUCACCGAAUAAUUUUGUAAACAUCUCUAGGACUAGUAGGUUCAGGGAAAAAUACCAAAAGACCUUUUUUGUUAUCCAUCAAAUUUCCGCCGAAAGAGGUCUUGUGACAUUUUUCCGUAAAUCUCUUCAAAGAAGAAUUUAAAAAUUCAAUUAGAACUUUUUCUAUUGUAUCACUUCGCUACUGAACUUUACAUGUGUAAGUAUUGAUUAUUUUGCCUGAUUAUUGUGAAAAAACAGUUACUAAAUGUUCGCCAACAAAGAGACAUUGGAAUAACUUCAAGUAAAGGUAAGAGUUUGUAAUUGAAAUGACUUUCUUUUUUUUCAACAAAACAUUUUUUUCUUGAUGAAUUGACUAACACAAAACUAUCCUACCUAUUACAUUUUUGGAGGGAAUCGCGCACCUAUGUAUUAAUCAAAUUCUAAGACCACAGCUAUUUUCUACGAUUCAAGAAUAUCGUAAGAGGUCUGCUUCAUUCAUGUUCCGUAAUGGUAGAUGUGGCAAAAAAUAUUAAUAAGAAGAGAUGAGAGCUGAGACAAGAGUGUUGUAUGUGUGAUGUUACAUGUAUGUAAGUCAUGUUAUGUGUAAUGUCAUGUAUCCGGAGAUUAGACGAAAAAAAAACAUUGAUAAGGGGUAUAAACAAAGAGUAAAAUAUUAACAAAAUAAAAAAACAGAGAUGGUGUGUCAUUGGUGGAAUGUAUUAAAUGUAAUCGAGUUAUCUUUAAAAUACAGCCAUUUUAUAAUGGACACAACAUUCAA